CUGGUUGUUCUUGGGUGAUGUAAAAGGUGGUUGCCAUGGUACGGCGUUAGAGGCUGCAUGCAUGGAAUACAUCAUAAAAAGUGUUUACGGAAACGAAACAGUUGCCAUGCUAGCACGAACGGCUGUCACCCAUCCCGCACCCCGAUCAUCCUUCUGGAGACAUUAGGGACCACAUGGAGUCUGAAAAAGCACCUGACCCUUAUGAAGACAGCCGGGAUCAAAGUCGAAUGUCCCGUCAGAGUUUAUCCAAAGAGUCCAAAGCAUCUUCCUCAAGAGAUAAUCAAGACAGCUUUCAAGACCGGAUUCAUAAUGAGGAUGAGAAAAAUGGUUCCUGUAACAGCAGAUCCAAAACAAGAAGGUGGAACUCAGAUCCAGAUCGGGACCGUAUAUCUGAUGAAGAGGAAAGAAGAAGCGAUGGCUCAUAUUGUUCCGAAGGCUAUGAGAAGGACACCCUUUCAGAGCGCUCGCUCUCUUCGUUGUCACGUUCUCUCACUCCGUCACCCACUCCACCACAAGGGAUGAGAGCAAAGCAAGCCCCUAGAAAUGCUCACCGUAAGGCAGGGGCCCCUGGGUGCUGGGGCAUGUCUCGUCCCCCCCGACCAGGUGGCCUUCCCCUGACCCAGCAGCCUCACAGGGGAACCCGAUCUCUAAGUAAGGAGUCAUCACCUCCCAAAGACCUGGACCUGGUGACCAAGCGGAUGCUUUCAGCCCGCCUCCUGAAGAUCAAUGAGCUGCGUAACGCUCUGACUGAACUGCAGCAGAGGAUGGAGGAUCUAAAGAAGGAAAAUCGAGUACUCAAACAGCUUCAAGUGCGUCAAGAGAAAGCUCUGCGGCAUUACGACGACACGGAGAGUGAGAUUUCCCUUUUACUGUCACGCCACUCCAAUGAGAUCCACGUUCUCCGAGAGAGACUCAGGCGCACGCAGGAGCGGGAGCGAUCGUCAGAGCAGCGCUUGAAGGACGCCGAGGAGCAGCUGCAAAAGAGCCGGGCCACUAUUGCACGGCUGAAGAAACUGGUGGACCAGCGAGAACUUGGAACCAGAGACGAGCUAAGUCGCCGGCUGGAUGAAGAGAAAAUAAGAACCCAAGAAGCACAGCAGAAGAUAAAGGACCUGGAACGGAACCUGGAACUCACCAACAGCAGCUUCCAAAGACAAAUAGUUUCAGAGAAGAAGAAGACCGUAUGCGCUCAGGAGGAGGUCAGGACUCUGCAGGAGGAGCUGCAGCGACUGACCAACAAACUUAAGGAAAAAGAAAGAGAUCUGGAUGCCAAGAAUAUUUAUGCCAACCGCCUGGCGAAAGCCUCAAAGAAAGACUCAGACGGAGGCACAAAGCGUAAAAUUCCCAGCUCGGGCAGCACCAAGGGCGUUCAGACCGAUGACAGAUCGUCAAGUCUGGAUUUUCCCACGCCGCCCCCUGCCAUCUGCGAUGCCAAUGAAGCAAGUCACCAGCAGCUUGGAGAAUACAUUUCCCUUCAGCAGGAAGUUGGCCAAGGCGACAGACAUACGUCUCAGAAGACGGAGAGAAAAGCAAAAGACAAAGACCUGGAGUACAAAAUCAAACUGGAAUCUGAUGUUCUAGAAGAGAAGCCCAAGAGAUUAAGAGAGGGCUUGGAGAAAGAAAAGGAUGAAGAAGAGAAAAGAACGAUGGCCGGUUUAGUGGUAAACCAGAAGGAAGACGGAACCUUCGGGAAGCACGGCCAUGUCCAGGAAGCGGUGGCGAGGUGGAACCAGGAGUCCCUAUCCGGUCAGCAAGCAGCAGACGAAGUGCGACGCAAGAAAGAGCAGCUGCUGGCAAAGAUGAGAGAAAUAGACCAAGAAAGUGUGAGAGUGCAGGACUCCAGGUUGGACGAGUUGAGUUUUUCCCCAAACAAAAGGAGCGCCAGUGACCAGCCUUCUCCUCGCCCCCUGGUGCAGACGCAGAGGAACCCCUCCUCGACCGGCCUCACUGAACCAGAGGAGACGGGUCGGUUCCUCACUGGAAUCAGAGAAGGGGGAAGAAGAAAACCGGGUUUAGAGAGUGGAACUGUCACAGCAGAAAAACAGAGCAGGACGCCGCCGUCCCAAACUUCCACUGACGAAUUAGCGUUCGGAGGCUACGCACCGUCGUUUGGACAUUCAACGUCCAGAGCCUCCUUUGGCUUCCCUCCACCUCCACCAGAACUGGACCGGAGCCCAGCGUUGGAAAGCAUCGGUGUUCUUAGUUUAAAAGGGUCAGAGGACAGAGACACAGAAAAGAAGGUGGUGAAAGACAAGAAAUCCCACCUCAUGCAGCAGCUGUUUGGGUCUACUGGGAACAGUUUGAGUCCUCACAGUAAAACAGAGCUCCUCAACAGCCCUCCACCCACAAACGGCGUGCCCUCACGGCGGGAAAGAAUGAUCAACUUUAGCUCAGGGUCUCCAGCCCAUCAAGCAUCCGUCAACACUCUGCGUGUGGAGGAAAGCCGACCUGCUGUCCGUGCCAUCCCUUCAUUUGACGACGACUUAGAAGAACUAAUUCUGUAAAAAAUGUCAAAAGUAAUAGACAGAAAAGUUACUAUGAUUAUUUUAUCAAAAGAAGGUAUGAAGACGGUUGUACCGUUCAACACUUUAGCACUUUACUCAGUUUGAAAAGUUCAGGAAUUGUUUUUGUAUGUUUAGAUAACUUCUAAUUGUAUUUAUUCAUUUUUGUAUUUCUGUUGUUUUUGGGGUUGCUUUUGGUAGUGAAAAGAAAGUCAGCUCCCGUGAUGUUUUUAGGAGUAGCUCAGUAAGAAUAUUCUGUGAUUUGACAGUAAUGUGUGUGAUGAUUGUCGAAUCCUCUGUAAAAUCCCUGGAUUCUGGCGUUAUCCGUUAUCCGUCUGCUCCAGGGUGUGGUUGCCAUGUUUCCUUUUUUUUAUUUUUUUGUGACUUGGUCAGGUUUGAGGUCGAUGAGGGAUCUGAGUUGGGUGCUUUUUCUUAAGUCUGGAGGGAAUCUGUAGUAGUUCAAAGAGAAAAGGUCUGUGUUGAUGUUUGAGGUCAGCCUCACUACUGCAGACUACUAGUUAUGUUUGUCUUUUUUUGGUCAGAUUAACCCAUAUAUAGACCAGGAGGUUCAACAUGACUUUUAACAGGAAUAUUUUUUCCUGUGCUGAUUUGUUUUUAUGUCUGCACUAUAAACUCUAAUGACAAUCAGCACUAAAAUACCUAUUUAUUCAGUCAUUCUUAUACAUUUGUACUUUAAUGCUAUACAUGUUUUCAUAUAUGUAGAUUUUGACUGAUAAACAUUUACUUAUUUUUUGCUGUUUCAUAUUAAGCACAUUUUAAAUAAAAUUUAAAAACAAA